GCCCGCGCCCCGUCCCCGCGCGGUCAUGCUGCCCCUGUGCCUCGUGGCCGCGCUGCUGCUGGCCGCCGGGCCCGGGCCGAGCCUGGGCGACGAGGCCAUCCACUGCCCGCCCUGCUCCGAGGAGAAGCUGGCGCGCUGCCGCCCCCCCGUGGGCUGCGAGGAGCUGGUGCGGGAGCCCGGCUGCGGCUGUUGCGCCACUUGCGCCCUGGCCAAAGGGAUGCCCUGCGGGGUGUACACUCCCCGCUGCGGCUCGGGCCUGCGCUGCUACCCGCCCCGGGGGGUGGAGAAGCCCCUGCACACGCUGAUGCACGGGCAAGGCGUGUGCAUGGAGCUGGCGGAGAUCGAGGCCAUCCAGGAAAGCCUGCAGCCCUCUGACAAGGAUGAGGGCGACCACCCCAACAACAGCUUCAGCCCCUGCAGCGCCCAUGACCGCAGGUGUUUGCAGAAGCACUUUGCCAAAAUUCGAGACCGCAGCACCAAUGGGGGCAAGAUGAAGGUCAUCGGGGUGCCCCGGGAGGACAUGCGGCCCGUGCCUCAGGGCUCCUGCCAGAGUGAGCUGCACCGGGCCCUGGAGCGGCUGGCCGCCUCGCAGAGUCGCACCCACGAGGACCUCUACAUCAUCCCCAUCCCCAACUGCGACCGCAACGGCAACUUCCACCCCAAGCAGUGCCACCCAGCUCUGGACGGGCAGCGUGGCAAGUGCUGGUGUGUGGACCGGAAGACAGGAGUGAAGCUUCCGGGGGGCCUGGAGCCGAAGGGGGAGCUGGACUGCCACCAGUUGGCUGACAGCUUCCGCAAGUGAGCCCUGCCAGCAGGCAGGGGACUCAGUGCCCCCCGCUACCCACAUCCCCUCGAGGCUGCAGAGCCUGAGCCUGAGUCUUGGCUCUGCCUCUGGCCCAGAAGUUUCCCUUGGGUGUGUGUGUGAGUGUGUGUGCACAUGGUGUGCUCUUAGGGUGAGCCAAAGCCUAGGGGUGUCCUCUUUGGCCUUAGAUAGCCUGAGAGGUCUGAGAGUAGCAAUGGGGAGCCUGUUGUGUUCCCAAAUUGAUCCUGGAUUCAUUCAUUCAUUCAUUCAUUCAUUCAUUCAUUCAUCUAAAAACAUGUAUUGACCACAUACUACAUGCCAGCCCUGGGGACUCUUAUUCUGACUUCCUCUGAUUUGGGCCUGUGGGGCCAGAUCCUAUGAGGUGAACAUACGCCUGUGAGAGAGGUCCCACUUCAGAAUCAGAGGAAGAAAGUAGACAAACACCUUGGCCGUUGACACCCCUCCCCCAAUCUAGUCAGAGGGUAGAGGCUGUUGGGAAAGUGUGGGGUGGCAGGUGAUGCAAUGGUCAGGAGACCCGGACCCACUCCCCAAGCUCCGGCCUGCCAAGGGGAAGGACCUGCAGAGACAAGCCACCUUGGGGUUGGGCUUUGUGCCAUCUGCUUGGUUGCCUGGCAGCGGAGACCCUGCUGCGGGGAAGGAAGAGGUUCCGAGGAAGACCUAGAGGACAGAGGGCUAGGAGGGAGAAGGGCCCAUCUCUGAGGGUCAGGGAGGGAGGAGAGAAUGCAUGAUGGUGGAACUGCUUGUGCCAAAUGGAGAGGAGGGCCUGCUUGCCGGGGCCGGGGCCGGGGCCUUGUCUCGCAUUCUGCUUCCUCCCUUGUCACCGCCACAAAGCCACCAAGUCACCGGGAUCUCCGCCUUCAGGCCCAUGGCUCUGUCUCUCUCCUUCCAUCUUCUUCCAUCUUCCCCUCUGCCUUCCUCCCCGCUGGGCAUUUUCUGGCUAGACUGGAUGGAAGGAGACUUAGGGACCUACCAGGUGGCCAUGAUGUCUUGUCUUAUCUUUUUUGUUUUUUUUUUUGUUUUUUUAACAAAACAGAACAAAACAAAACAAAAAUCUGAACAGUUGUGUUUGG